UUCACCGGUCGUUUUACACAAGCACGCGGCUCGUCGGCUUAGUAAAGUAACAUUUCAUGCAAAUUUCGUAAUUUUUUAACGUAAAUCAUUUGUUAAAUGGGUGCAAUUAGCGAGGGAUGCGCAUACUUCCGGGUUGUGGGUCUCUCGCACACCUUUUAACGGGAGCUACCUGUCAUGACUCACGAGUGUGUGUGUGUGUGUGAGACCUUCCCGGGUCAGAUUUAUUGUAGCAACCAGCCCUAGCAACGCUUAGUCGGCGUCGCAUGGGGUCUCCGUGAAGGAACGCAGGAAGAGGACACUUGAAACUUGUCUUCCCUGCGUGGACUUGCGCGUUUGAGACAACAUGGGAUGUGUAAGCUCCAACACCACGGUGGUCCGCCCCUUACAACCGUCCAGCAACACAGAGCAGGACCAAACAGGAAGCAAAAGCACCCGCGGCGACUCGGCCGUGUCGAAGGUCACGGAGGACAGCGGCGUGGAGGUGGCGGCGUUGGACAACGGAGGGGCGUUACCCGGGGAGGUGCCCGGGAAGCUGCCCCCGCCCGUGGGGGGCGGCAGCCUCCCGGCGCAGGAGCGCCCCACCUCCAGCGAGAUCCUGGAGGAGCUGCAGAGUGAAGGAAUCAUCCAAGUCAGCCCCCGCAAGGAGACCUCCGUCGGGGAGGCCUACACCGUCAUGCUGGGGUAUGAGGGUAUCAGACGGCGGCCCCCAGCCAGGCUGGAGUCCCUGAGGCUCAAGCGUCUCCCCAGCAGAGAGGCGAUGGAGGAGAAGAUGAGGCUUGCCGACGAGAGGCGCAAGCUGAGGGAAGAUGAGCUCACGGCGCGUCUGAAGUCGGCCCGCGUACGCCGAGCUGCCACCGUCAGCACGGAGGAGGAGGAGGAUGGAGAACCUGGAGACCCUCAGCAGGGAGGAGAUGCUGGAGAUGAGAAUGUGAUGGAGGCAGCUUCAGGAGAGCUGGAGAGCAACUCCAGCUUCCAACGAGGAGGAGUCGGAGUCGGUCAGCAGGAGGUUUUUUAAGGCACAGAUUCGGAGAGGGCGCCCAAGUAAUUGUCUGUUUUUGCACUCUAAGUUAUUUUAAAAGUCCAAAAGAAGGAUAGCACUCACUACUUCAUGACACUGAAGUGACGUUUAAGAAUUAAAACAAAAAAAUAUUUUUUGUGUCCUUAUGUCCCAGUUGUCACCUCAGCUUUCUUCCUUUGCUUCCAUGCUGAACUUUUGGAGACGAAAUGUUGGCAAAAUGCACAGACAUGCAAAGAGCUUCACCAAAUGCACUGCACCAGAACCAGAACCCAGACCUGAAAUGAUAACCUUGUUUGAACUCAGAAUAUGCAUUUUAGACGUUCCUGAAAGCGAGCUAAUAACAUACGUACACAACGGCUCACAACCGUUGCUUGAUUUGUGUUUGUCUGAUUCAUUGAUACUGUAUGAAUGUAUUUCCAUAGGGCACAAUG